GUUCUUUCUGGGGCACAGUCAUAUGGUGCGUGAUUGCAAUUUAUCAGCGAGGUCUACUCCCCCUGCAGAUUAUAAUGGGCUGCUCACACUUCACCUGAGGCUGAUGAUCUGCGUGGACCAUUUGCCACUUGGUCCAUCUGCGUCACCUUCCACAUGUUCUAUGGUCCACCUCGUCCACCUGGUUGAUGGCGGAGGGGAAUUCGGUGCAUGAGUGCAGGUUUGAUGCUGCACUGAAAGUUUGGCGGAAUUUACCUGAUGAUGGUCCUGUUCAGCUGUCGGAUGACUUGAAGUUGAGGUUCUAUGGCUUCUUCAAGCAGGCAACAACAGGGCCCUGCAACAUUCCCAAACCUGGCUUCUGGGUCUCUGAGCAGAACGCCAAGUGGGAAGCGUGGAGUUCCCUUGGAGACAUGUCGAAAGAGGAGGCGAUGAUGGCGUACGUUGAGGAGAUGAAGACUAUUCUGGAAAGUCUUCCGAUAACGGAUGAGGUGGAGGAGCUGCUGGAUGUUCUGGGACCAUUCUACGAGGUCGAAGAAGAGGAGGCGAUGCCAGAUGAUGAGAGUUUCCCAAAGGCCACAAAGGGCAGUGAUGGGAUUUUGGGGGAUGAGGAGAGGAACGGCAACGUGGCGAGCAGUGACACUGACUUUGAGUCUGACAUAAGUGAGAGUGAAGAAGAGGAAGAUGAUGAGGAAGAAGGAGAUGAUGAACAGCAGGAGGAAAAGAAGGCGGAGGAAGGAUAUGUCUGUACAGCAGAGGACACCACGACUGGUCUCUCCUCAGACCACAGGGCUCCUUUCAGCGUGUCCUCGGCCUCUAGCCGUGCCCACAGCUCCCUGGACGGUGAAAAUAUGGAGGAGGAGCUGACUCGCAUCGCUCCGGCUCAGGAGGACAACCUCUGCGUUCACUGUGAAGAUGCCUCUGGUGCCUUCCACUUGACCAGCGACUCGGACAGCGAGGUGUACUGUGACUCCAUAGAGCACUUUGGCACGGUGUUGGACUCAGUAGAGUUCUUUAACCAACCAUUGCAGUUGACUGGGGAGACCCAGUGUCCACCGGAGUCCUCAGCAGAGCUCAGCAGGGUGGAGAAGAUGGUCGUGGUGAAGGGUCUUCAAGAAGGAGACAGAGGCAAUGGAGAGAUGAGGAGGAAUAGGUCACAGAGUGACAGGUUUUCAACUGGUGAAGAGGAGAGCAUCCCAGCUAGGAGAAGGGGCUCCAUGUUGUCUGGCUCGAGCUCACAAUCUGAAGCCCAGUUGGGACUCCGGAGUCCAGGAAGAGAUGGGGACCACAGAGGCAAAGAGGGAAGGGCUGUGGGUGGUGUGGACAAGCAGAUAGCCACGGUACUCCUCCGACUGGAGGAGGACAUGCAGCACAUACUGCAGAAGCUGCAUAAUCUGGAGACCCUUUCUGAAGAGCAGGCUCGAUCCAUUGCUGCAGUACAGAAUUACCCAACUUUUCCACGACACAAGGACACCACGCGGUGGCCUUUCGACAUCUCCCUGUGCACAGUGGUCUUUGCGGUGGCCUGGCCCUUCAUAGUGCACUGGCUGUUGCAGAUGUACCACCACCGACGGAGCAGAAAACUGAGUUGAGAACAAGAUGGCCUUUCUCUUAACGUCACCAUACUGCGAGCUCCUUGUAUCACUUCACUGCCUGCUUCCAAGAUCAUCUCUCCUGCAUUAGAAAUUAUUUAAAUUGAU